AUUGACUAAUAGUGGACCUGUAUAUAGCCUGUCAUCACGAUAUCUUGAUAUUCAGUGAGUAACAAAGAGAUGGAUAUAGAAGAGGAAGAACCACCAAAGUCUAAAUGGGAUCUACGGCGGAAUUUAGCAGGGUUUUGGCUCCUUGGUCUUUGCGACUACUUUCCAUACGUAGUUAUGCUGAGUGCUGCAAAAGAAAUACUCCGUGACAGUGACAACCCCGACAAUCUACAACCGGCAAAUGUUACCGGUCUUAAUGACACAGAAGAGAUGCAGCUUAAGUGUAAUUCUGUCGGCACUGGGGCCGUGUUAUUGGCGGACAUUAUCCCUGUUUUAUUUAUCAAGACGAUUGGAGCUUUUUUCUUAAAGAAGGUCCCAUACUAUUGCAGGGUGAUGGCUGUCGUGGCGUUUGGGGCGGCCAGUUUUCUAACAGUUGCCUUGUCGUCAACCAUAUGGGUCAGCUUGCUUGGUGUGGUAUUCGCCAGUAUCAGCGAGGGAUUAGGAGAAGUAACUUUCUUUCAAAUGACGGCAUACUUUGACCAGAACGUCGUGUCAGCUUUUUCCUCAGGCACAGGGGCGGCGGGUUUCCUUGGCGCUCUCACAUACGCAGGACUCCGAACGGCCGGCGUCUCAGCCAGAAAUUGUCUGUUCUUCAUGCUUGUCUACCCGGCCAUCAUGGGCGCCACCUAUUUUCUGCUUCUUGUCAAACCUCCAGAACUCAGCGCCCCCUGCUCUAAAUAUUCAUUAAAGGAAAAAAUCAAACUUGUGAAGCCUUUGUUAAAGUACAUGGUACCGCUAGGACUGGUUUACUUUCUGGAAUACUUUAUAAAUCAAGGGUUGUACGAAGUCUUGUAUUUCAAUGGCAUCUGGUUAACGACAGACGAACAGUACGAAUGGUACCAGAUGGACUACCAGCUCGGGGUGUUCUUAUCCAGAUCUUCAGUCAAUUUGAUUCAAAUCAACAAAAUUUGGGUUUUCCCCAUUUGGCAGGGUAUCAACCUUGGGGUAUUGGCUGCUAAUGCUGUGUAUCAGUUCAUUCCAAGCAUCUGGAUCAUCUUGACUCUGAUCUUCUGGGAGGGACUGCUAGGAGGCGCCACCUUCGUCAAUACUUUUUAUAGAAUUAGAACGGAGGUUCGGGAGGAGCACCGCGAAUUCAGCAUGGGCGUAGUAACCCUGGCAGACGCUGUUGGAAUAUUUAUUGCCGGGGCAGCAGCUUUACCGUUACACACUUAUCUGUGCAAUAUGUACACGUGAUGAACUGACGUCACGUCGGUGUAAGAGUGUGACGUCACGUUUCAGAUAUGACGACUGUGGCAGUAGACAGGCAUUAUCAGGGAUUGUAACUUUGUAGUUUGAAUAUGAAUGGCGUGAUGGUGUGACACAUACCAGUAAAACAGGAACUUACACAAGUGCGAACUUACACAUGUGGGAGUGUUCAUCCUAGAUGCCAUUACAUAAAGACUUAACAAAAUACAGUGUACGACAACAAAUUUUCUCUGUCACAGAACUUAUAGUAUUAUUUACUCAGGAAUUGAAUAUACCUGUCCUUAUGUAUUAUAACUUUAUCUGACCUCACU